AUGACGACCGAAUCACAGGAUGACAACCAAUGUAAAUCAGGACCUGUACUCAAACCAUUUUUUCCUAAAGCUACAGAAAUUCUUUUUUAUACAGGAAAUACAUUGGCUUUAUUUGAAGUCUUAAAAAAGGCAAAUUCUUCUAUAACCGAUGAAGUUAUGCAAUACAUGUCAAUGAUGUUACAAGCCAUGAGAAUAAAUAUUGAUGAAGAAAGUUAUGUUAAACUUGUUCCAAUUCAAGAUCAUAAUGAUGUAGCAGCUACUAAUGGAUCAACAGCAGGUGUUCCUAUUGAUCAUGAACAAUUGACAAGAGAAGAUUUAAAAUUUUCAGUGAAAAUAUUUCUUCGUUCAUUAGAACCUGAAAUUUUAGCACAUACAAUUAAUACAGUUUUAAAUGAAUUAAAAGAAAAUUAUUUAGAAAGUUUUAUGAUAUCAUUACCUAAUUAUGGUUCACACAUAACAUUAAAGGAAUUUUUGCCAUUAUGGAAUAUAAUUGAAGAUUUUAUAGAUAAACAAAAAAUUUUAUCAGCCGGAGUUUGUGAUUUUAUGCUUCCACUUUUAUCUGAUUUAUACGAUAAUGCUAAGCAUAAGCCCUAUGCGAAUCAAAUCAAUUUAGGUGUAUGUUGUUCUAUUCCCGAAGAACUUAAUAAAUAUGUUAAAGAAAAUAAUAUCCAACUUCUAACACAUAGUGAUCCAAUUGAUGUUAUUAAUGAAUCAGAUUUUCAACAAACAAUUCGUGAAUAUUGUCAUGAAUAUGAUGCACUUAAUUGGAAACCAUGUUCUAUUGUUCGUUAUACAUCCGUUAUUGCCAAUCGAGGAAUUAUUAAAUCCAAAGGAUUUUUUAUUUAUGCUAAACGUGAAUUACGCAUACCUGAAUAG